AUGUGCAAUACCAAUGUUGGUAAUGCUACUACGACUACAUGGGAACAAAGCACAACAUCGUAUCCUACUGACAAACCAACUUCAAGUCCUACAACACAAACCAGCAAGCCUGAAGGUAUGCAGCCUGCAACCACAACACAGGCUCAAAAACCUGGAUACGAAACAACAACGGAAGGUACACAAACUACAACUUUAAGUACGACUGAAUCUGUAACACAAACUCAAAAACCUGGAUACGAAACAACAACGGAAGGCACAAAGCCUACCUCUGCUGGUACUACUGAAUCUGGUAAAAACCCAGAAAUUACCACAGCACAAACAACCACAGGAACUCCCCAAACAACUUCACAACCGAUAGUACCUGCUAAACCAAUUUCACAAAAAGAUCCUUGUACAAAGGAAGGCUUUUUCGGAGAUAGCGAAGACUGUCAAAAGUUUUACAGAUGUGUUGAUAACGGUAAUGGAGGUUUCGAGAAAUAUAGUUUCAAAUGUGGAAACAACACUGUUUGGGAUGCUGAUAUUGAAGGCUGCAAUCAUCCCACUGCAGUGCAAGAUCCACGCUGCCGUGUAGAAGGUACUACUACUAGUAAUAUAGAAGGUACAGCUGCUAGUAACAUGGAAGGUACAACAACAACGAAUAAAUAUCCUACAACUACCGACAAAUAUGAUACUACAACCAUUGAAUCAAAGCCCACAUCUACUACAUCAUACCCCACAACAUUAAUGGAAACAACAACUAGUAAAUACGAAACUACGACUGACGGUAGUAGCAAACCUACAACAACAACAACUGAAAGUAGUUCUGUAGAAAAUACGACAACAAUGCAAAGCAGUACAACACCUGUGACAGUACCGAACUUACCACCAGGUACUACUUGUAAUGAUGAAGGUUUUAUGGCCGAUCCAAAUAAUUGUAGAAAGUUUUACCGCUGCGUUAGAAAUGGCGAUGGUACUUACUUCAGACAUGAGUUCAUGUGUGCUAAAGGUACAGGAUGGAGUGAGGAGAAACAAACUUGUGAUUAUGCCGCAAAUGUGGACAGAUGUUAUGGCCAAACAGAGGAACCAGAGAUGACAACUAUAUCCAGUACCAGUGAGACAACAACUGAAAAUAUAUCGACCACUACAUUACCCAGCAGUACUCAAUCUACUAAAGAACCUACAACAACAACUGAAUCUAAAGAUCCAACAACAACAACAGCAGCAACAACAACUGAAUCUAAACCACCUACAACAACAACGGACGCAACAACAACAGAAUCCAAACCACCCACAACAACAACAACCUAUGUCGAGACCACUACGACUACACCAAUGGAAUCCACUACACCUGGAGAUGCUAGCUCAACUUCAACGCAAGCUACUACUACUACAGAAAUAAUAAGCACAACUAUGCAGUCUACUUCCACAACUCCGAUACCAAAUUUAACUCCUGGCACAGAAUGUGAAGGAGAAGGCUUCAUGGCAGAUCCAAAUAAUUGCCGUAAAUUUUAUAGAUGUGUACGCAAUGGUGAUAAAUUAGAUAAACAUGAAUUUAUGUGCGGCAAAGGUACCGGUUGGAGUGAAGAAAAACAAACUUGCGAUUACGCAGAAAAUGUGGAGCGCUGUGCUGGUCAAACAGAGGCUCCAGAAACCAGCACAGUUAUGGAAACAACCACAGUAUAUACAACUACAACAAGCAAACCAGAAACCACACAAAUGCCUACAUCACCACAAGAAACUAAACCUACAGAAUCUACAACAGAUAUGCCAACAACACCUAUAGAACAGACGAAACCAACAGAUUCAACACAAAAACCGACAGAGCAACCAACUACUACAGAACAACAAACUAAACCCACUGAUACGACUCCACAAACAACUACCACAGAAGAACAAACUAAACCUACCGAACCGAUUACCACAACUACUGAACAACAAACCAAACCAACUGAAACGCCAACAAAACCAACAGAGACCACUGGAAAACCAACGGAAACACCUACUGCAACCGAGGAACAAACCAAACCUACUGAAACACCAACAAAACCAACAGAUACCACUGGAAAACCAACGGAACCACCUACUACAACCGAAGAACAAACCAAACCCACUGAAACCACAACGAAGCCUACAGAAAUCACGACAACGGAUGUACCAGCAACUACCGUUGAAGCUACAACCACAAGUAAACCUGGUUACGAGCCUACUACCAUGCCAACUGUACAGACUACAGAUUACCCAACAACAACUGAAGGAACAGUGAGCACAACCAUGGAACCAACGAAUUUCACAUGUACCAGUGAAGGUUUCUUCCCAGAUCCAGAAGAUUGUAAUCGUUAUUAUCGUUGCGUUGACGCAAAUCAAAAUGGCAAUUAUCAAAUUUACAGUUUCCGUUGCCCCGAUGGCACAGUUUGGGAUACUUCCGUCGAUACAUGCAACUACGCAGAACAAGUUUCUGGAAAUUGUUCCUCAGGUCAAACAAAACCAACCUCCAAACCAGUUGACACAACCACAUUAGAAAAUACAACAGAGCAACCUGGUACAAUGACAACCAAUAAACCAGUGGACACAACUACAAUGGAAACAAACACCGGCACAACUGAACCGACAACCGUGACAACGACAAGUAAACCCAUUGAUACCACAACUACAGCGAUGGGAACUACAACAAUGGAACCAAAUACAGAAACGACAACUCAACAAAGUACAACUGAGAAGCCCACAGAAAUGCCAACAAAACCAAUUGAUACCACAACUGCAAUUGAACCCACAACGACAGAACCGAAUAAAGACACAACGACACAGCAAGCUACAACUGAUAAGCCCACAGAGAUAGCAACAUCCGAAACAACGACGACAGGAGAAGAAAAUACAACAAAUUCUACACCUGAAAGCAAUGAAACUACGGAAAUGCCAACCACACAACCACCGCAACCAAUAACUAAUACAAGUGCACCAUGUCCUACAGCGAGCGAGGGACAAAAUCUCUUCGUUUGCCCAACAGGCUUUAAACGUCAUCCCAAGAACUGUGGUAUGUUCUAUCAGUGCACUGAGAAAGCUGACAGUAACGAUUUAAGCAUUGCUGUCUUCGAAUGUCCUAAUGGUACCGUGUUCUACGAGGAACGCUGUCAAUGCGACAGACCCGACAGUAAUGAACAGUGCCUGAAUAAAGAAAUGACACGCACAUUAUUCUAUGACGAUGAAGUACGGCGCUUGCAUAUGGUACAAGUCCGGUCUACUGAACCGCUAUGUCCGGAUGAAGGUCACUUUUCCUUAAACCACGAUCACUGUGGACAAUUAUUUGUUAAAUGUGCGUAUUCAACACUAACAGGACGUAUAGAAGGUCAAAUACAACGUUGUCCUAAAGGAUUUGCCUAUUGGUCUGUGAGUCGUCGUUGUGAGCGCGCACAAAAGCUUUUAGACUGCCAUCCCACCCAAUACGAUGUUGGAGACAGCAUACCAGUGGAAUGGGGAAAUAUUGGCAAAAGACGUAGAAACUUAAAAAUUUAAAUAAUUUUAUUUGGAAUGUCAGAAUUUUUAAAUCUUAUCAAAAUAAGUUUUAGUUUUAAGAGUAGAAGUUUUAAGGAUAACUUAAAUAUUGUAUACGGCGCAUAAAAGCAUUAACGGAUCAGAAAUAAUACUUCUAGUCUAUAUAGAGUUAACGUAUACUUAUGCGCAGUAAACGAUUACAAGUAUUUAUUUAUAUAUAAUUUUUCGGUACUCGGUUAUGUAGUACGAGGGAUGAGGUGAAGGUAUUUAUUUAUAAUGUAUUUAUUUAAACUAUUUUUAAAAUUGCCAAUAUAACAAAGUAAGUCUGACUUAAAUAAUAUAGUAAUAUAAAAUAUUGAAAAUUAGUUAUUUAAGAAAUAUUGAAAAAGUAUUGAAUUAAUUCCAUUUCACUUUAGAGAUACUGAAGCAAUAAUUUUUAUAAAAAAUAAACAUUUUUAUUCACCGCUUUAUAGCAAAUAUGAUUAUUUAGUUCGGAACUUAUU